CGGAACACUCUGAUAUAAUUCUAGGUGACCGGAUUCUAAAAUGUUUAAAUAUCUUAAAUCCACAAAGGAAAGCAUUUUAUGCUUAAGGCAAAUAACGACAGCGAUCAAUAUAGAUGUGACCGCAUCUCCAACGAAGCCAUUCAAUGAUGUCCCUGGUCCAACCGCGUUACCUGGUAUCGGACAGUUGUAUCAUUUUCUACCAGGAGGUUCACUUUACAAUCUAAGAGGUUAUGACUUACAAAAUUUUCUUUAUAAAAAGUAUGGACCUGUUGUUAGAAUGAAAGGACAUUUUGGUGCAAACGACUCGAUUUUACUAUUCGAUCCUGAAGUCGCAAUACAGAUAUAUCGAUCAGAAAAUGCAGCGCCUGUACGAAUAGGAUCUUUUGCGGCGCAACAUUACAAAACUGUAUUUAAAAAGGAAACGGGUCGAAAGGAGAGAAGGCUCAAUGGGCUCAUUUUCGAUCACGAGGACAAGUGGAGGGAGAUCAGAACAGCAGUCAAUCCAUUUAUGAUGCAAGCAAAAUCAUUAAAGAUAUACUCAGAAGCGCUGGACGAGAUAGCCCUGGAAGCUGUUGCAAGAUUGAAGUCUAUUCGAAAUGAAAAUAACAUGAUUGAAAAUAAUCUUCUUGAUGAAUUUAUGUUGUAUGUGUUAGAAUUCACGGGACAAAUAGCAUUAGGUCGCCGAUUUGAUUCUUUUGCCACUAAUGCAUCGGAAGAUGUCCUGUCGCGACAAUUACUUUAUAAUGCACAUAAUUUGUUUACACUAUCAGAUAAACUAGAUUAUCUACCUAACACGUGGAGAUUAUAUCCAAACAAGACAUUCAGGAAAGCAAUGAAGUUCUUUGAAGAAGUGGAAAAGUUUAACGAAAAUCUACUAAGAGAUACUAUAGAAAAACAAAAAACUAAUCCAAUGCCUGAAGACACAAAAGGUGUAAUACUAAAAUUAGCGGAAAUGAAUAUGGAUGUGGCCUUAGCGUUUCUGGAUGACUUUUUUUUCGUAGGAAUUGACACCACAGCAAAUGCAACGCUAUCAGUGCUAUAUUUGCUAGCGACCAAUCCUGAUAAACAAACUAAAUUGAGAGAGGAAAUUAUGGCGAAAGGAAGUCGCCGACCAUAUUUAAGAGCGUGUAUAAAGGAGGCAGCGAGAAUUAGACCUGUGCUGCUCGGAAAUUUUAGACUAACCACAACAAGUUAUAAUGUCUUUGGCUACGAAAUUCCUAAAGAUACUAUGAUAUUGUUUUGCCACGAGCAAAUGUCUCGGAGGGAGGAACAAUAUCCUCAGCCUCAUCUGUAUAUUCCUGAGCGCUGGCUAGUUGACCAAGAUCAUCCGCUGUACCAUGGAAACGCACAUCCUAAUGCCGCUGUGCACUUUGGUUAUGGAGCUCGGGGCUGCGUAGGUCGAAAAGUAGCCGAUAUGGUAAUGGAGUUAUUUAUCAGCAGUGUUAUAGAAAACUUUAGAUUAGAAUGGCGCGGUAAGCCAAUGCCUACGUUACAGAGUGUUACUAAUCACAACAUUGGGCCUUACAACAUUGUCUUUAACGAUGUUUGA